AUGCCUUUCCGGAAUUACGUGGCAUUUGGUACCCAGGCUGAUCUGUCGGAUGCCCAGCUGGACGAGGUUGCUUUCGGGUUAGAGAUGCUGGGUCAUCCGUUCAUAUGGGUCGUGGGUUCCAAGACUUGGUGUACGCCUAAUGGUUUGGAAGAGAGGGUGAAAUCUAGGGGUUUGAUAAUGAGGGAAUGGGUCGAUCAACGGCAGAUCCUUGCACACGGUUCGACCGCCGGAUUCUUGAGCCACUGCGGAUGGAAUUCAGUUCUGGAGAGUAUAUCGGAGGGUGUUCCGGUUCUGGCCUGGCCCAUGAUAGCGGACCAGUUCUUUAAUGCUAAGUUUUAUGUGGAUGGGUUGGGUGCAGGACUGAGUAUUGGGAUAGUGGGGCCCGAAGGCAUUGUAGGGAGGGAGACGAUUAGUGAAGGUGUGAAGGAGCUGAUGGGUGGAAAGAAGGGGAAGAAUGCGAGAGAGAAGGUCAAGGAGUUGAGCCGAGUGGCCCCGAAGUCCGUUCAGGAGGGUGGUUCAUCUUAUGAGAACUUAAGCCGGCUACUUGACCAACUAGAGGCCUCUGGUCUUACUAACGGUUUGGUACCACACUAG